CCUAGGGAGUAGUGAGCAGGAGAGAGCUCCGUGAGCUUAGCUCAGAGCGCGGUGCAGUUCCGCUGAGGAGGAGAUGGCUUCGGUUUCUAGCUCAACACCUUCUGGAAAGGUGCUGAAAGAAUCUAACAAUGGGGGAAAGAUGACCUUUCUAGAUAUGUCUCUAGAUGACAUUAUAAUCCUCAAAAAUAUAGAAAGCCCAAAAACUGAACCAAAAAAGAAUGGAACACAGAACCGUAAAAAAAGGAGUGUGAUUUCAAGACGCCGAUCAAAUGGUCAUAGGCAGUACCAUCAGAGAGGAUUCUCAAGAUUCAGAAAGAACACUGAGGAAGAAAAUCCUGAUAAAAACCCAUACCAAGAAUCUUUUGGAUUCAAGUCUGGACAAAGCACUUUAAACAAGCAGCCUGUAAAAGAGCAGGAGAAGUUAAGUGACAAUUCUAAGUCCCAAACAGAGACGAGUGGAAGCCAGUCAGAGGGGAACCAGCAUCAAUCAGAAGAAUCUCAAGGCCAAUCAUCAGAAAGUCGACACCAUUCAAAGAGUUCUCAUGGCCAGUCUGAGAGUUCUAGUAGCCAGUUGGAGAGUUCUUGUGGCCAGUCGGAGAGUUCUCGUGGUCAGUCAGAAAGAUCUCGUGGCCAGUCAGAGAGUUCUCAUGGCCAGUCUGAGAGAUCUCAAGGCCAAUCUGAGAGAUCUCGAAGCCGGUCUGAGAGAUCUCAAAGCCAGUCUGAGAGUUCUAGUAGCCGAUCUGAGAGAUAUUGUGGUCAACUUGAGAGACCUCGUAAUCAACCUGAGGAAUUUCAUGGCCAAUCUGAGAGAUCUCGUGGCCAACCAGAAAGAUCUCGUGGCCAUCCAGAGAGAUUUCGUGCCCCAACAAAAAGAUCUUGUGACCCAACAAAAAGAUCUCAUGGUCAAUUAGAGAGAGCUCAUGGCCGGUCAGAGAAAUCUCAUGCCCAAACAGAAAGAUCCCAUGGCUACAAAGAAAGAUCCCAUAGCCAAUUAGAGAGAUCUUAUGGCCACUCAGAGACAUCUCAUAGCCUAUUAGACAGAUCUCGUGGCCGCACAGAAAGAUCUCCUACCCUAUUAGAGAGAUCUCGUGGCCUCACUGAGAGAUCUCAUAGACGAUUAGAGAGAUCUCGUGGCUACAGAGAAAGAUCUCAUGGCCAAUUAGAGAGAUCUCAUGGCCACAGAGAGAGACCUCAUAGCCCAUUAGAGAGAUCUCAUGGUUACACUGAGAGAUCUCCUAGCCGAUUAGAGAGAUCUCUUGGCCGCUUUGAGAGAUCUCCUAGCUGGUUAGAGAGAUCUCAUGGUUACACUGAGAGAUCUCCUAGCCGAUUAGAGAGAUCUCAUAGUUACACUGAGAGAUCUCAUGGCCACACAGAGAGAUCUCAUAGCCAACUAGAGAGAUCUCGUGGUUACACUGAGAGGUCUCUUAGCCAAUUAGAGAGAUCUCAUGGUUACACUGAGAGGUUUUAUGGUCACUCAGACAGAUCUCAUAACAACUCAGAGAGAUUUAAUGACUAUUCAAAGAGAUCUCCUUUCCUAUCAGGGAGAUCUCAUGUCUCAUCAGAGAGAUUGCAUGUCUCAUCAGAGAGAUUUCAUGUCCCAUCAGAAAGAUUGCAUGUUCUAUCAGGGAGAUCUCAUGUUCCAUUAGAGAGAUCUCAUGUCUCAUCAGAGAGAUCUCAUCUCCUAUCAGGGAGAUCUCAUGGCCAAUCAGGGAGAUAUCGAAGACAUUCACCAGUAGAAAGAUUCAAAAGAUCACCCAAAAUUGAGUCUGAAUAUGACAGGUAUUUAAUAAUGAAAAGAAGGGAUGAAUACUUCCAGAAGCAGAUGCAGCAGAGACAUGAUCAAAUGAAUAAGAAUCGAAGGAUGUCACCAGAAGAUGACCACAGCUUCCGUGAAAAUGAUCUAAGACGUGAAAGAAUGAGGUUUCAUUCCAUGAAAGAUUCUCUAAGAUGAAAAUGAAGAAAAUACCAGAAUCUGUUGUCAAUUCUGAAGACCAAAAUGUUCUUUCCUCUUAAAGGUUUGCUGUUAACAGAGAUGUAGUGCAUUAAUGCUAGAACACAGACAUAUUCUUUCAGUAUUUAACUUUUUGCUGCUCCUGUUAAUGUGUUUUUUUCUUAAGUAAGCUUUGAUGUGAAUAAUCUGUCAAAAGUAAGUGUUUGCAUAGAAGAAAAAAUGUUUACUUUGAAUAAAAGAACAGAAAGAUGAGUAAGAAGUAGGGAAGGUGAUUUGGAAGGAGGGAUGUUAGGAAGACAGCUAUGCUUUCAGAAUGCUGUGUCUUUUCAACAUUAGAGAAUUUGCUUCUUUGGUUUAAUUUGUUCUUUGAGCUCUAGAACCUGCAUAUGAAUACUAAGUAGACUGUCUUUCAACAGUAGAGCAAGAUUAUUGAUGAACAUCUUUUUUUUUUUUUGAUGAACAUCUAUUGUGACGAAAUAUUCACUGUCAAUACGAUGGAAUUCUACUCUUUAUUAAAAGGAUAAAUUUGUAGCCACGCUUUUCCAUUUUGUCUAGCAAAUUAUGCUUUUGCUUUUGACAUGAACUUGUAGGAAUUUCAGAUCGUUCUGUCAUUUUCUAUGACCACAUUAAUAAAGUUUCAAUACAAAUGUGACUUUUUUCCUUUCCAUUGACAUGUGGGAUCCAGAGUAAUAAUGAUCCUGAUACAAAUGGAUUAUCAAAGUGUAAUUUGGAUGUCAACUGUUGUCCAGCUAAGCCUGUUGUUAUAGCACACUAAAAAUACUGUUUUACAAUUACUUGGUGCUUCCAUGUAAGACUGAUGGUUUUUAGCCUAAUCUAAUAAAUUCUGUCCUACAUUUAGUAGUUAUU